AUGGCAGGAAAUAACUGGUAUACGUUUGGUGUUGCCUUGUUCGCUGCCAUUGGGACAUUUCUGUUUGGCUUCGACACCGGCAUUGCCACCACAACAAUUGCUCAUCAAAGUUGGAUCGAAUACAUGGGUCAUCCAUCCAAUGGUUUGACUGGCGCAGUAGUUUCAGUCUAUAUCGCCGGCGAAGCACUCGGAGCUCUCACUCAGACAUUCAUUGGUGACAGACUUGGUCGUAUUCGUUUUAUGCAACUGGAAUGUGUUAUCGUGACUAUCGGCUGUGCUAUUCAAACCGGAUCUGUCAAUAUCGGUAUGUUUUUGGCAGGACGUGCUUUGGCCGGGUUUGCUGUUGGUGGAAUGGUCGCCACAGUCCCAGUCUAUCUCUCCGAAAUUUCAGCACCACAACAUCGUGGCUUGAUCGGCGGUAUAUCCGGCGUCGGUAUCGCGUUCGGUACCAUGGCAUCCAACUGGGUUGGCUUCGCGUGCUCCUACGCAACAAACGGCACAGUUCAAUGGCGCUUACCACUCGGCAUCCAACUACCGUGGGGCAUAAUCAUGUUCAUCGGUUUGGCCACUUUCAUGCCCAAUUCACCACGUCAACUCAUUCGACAAGGAAAAAUUGAGCAGGCCAGGAGGGAAUUCAUCAAGAUUCGGCGAGACUUGCAUUCGCAUGAAAUGCAUGAAGAAUUCACCUUGAUGAAGGCUCAGAUUGAGUAUGAGAUACAGCGAGAAUUGAAAUCGUAUAAAGAGAUUUUCAAGUUGUAUCGUCAUCGAGUUUUGGUUUCUGUUGCAGUGCAGACUAUGACUUCUUUGACGGGUGUUAACGUUAUUCAGUAUUACCAAACCACGCUUUACAAAUCCCUCGGAAUCAGCUCUAAGAUGAUCCUGGCUCUCUCCGGCGUCUAUGGCACGAUUGCUUUCCUCUCCAACGUACUCACAACCAAAUUCCUGACUGACCAAUGGGGUCGACGAAAAAUGAUUCUCGCCGGGCUUGGAGGAAUCAUCCUCAUCGAGAUCUACGCCGCGGUCAUGCAACGCGAAUUUCAGAACACGCACAACCGCGUUGGGAAAGGCUUUGCCAUUUUGGGUAUUUAUCUUUUUGUUGUUUGGUAUUAUGGCAUGCUCAACAGUACAACAUGGAUCUACGGCGCCGAAGUCCUUCCCAUCAACAUGCGAAGCAAAGUUAUGGGUUUGGCUGCUGCGUCACAUUUCAUCGUCAACGUUGCUAUCACCGAAGCAGGUCCAAGCGCCUUUGCGAACAUUCACGAGAAUUAUUACUAUGUUUUCGUAGCGUGUACUGCAUUCUUCCUGACGAUUGCAUAUUUUUACUUUCCUGAAACGAAGCAGAAAACUUUGGAGGAAAUUGCAGCUGACUUUGGUGAUCGUGUCGUUGAAGUGGAGGAUGUCGAUGUUGCUACCGAAGAAGCCAUUACAGCUGCUAAGAACCAGGCAGAGCAUAUCGAAUAG